AUGUUGCGAACUUCUAUAACCAAUUCCUUUUAUAUCUAUCUAUCUAUCUAUCUAUCUAUCUAUCUAUCUAUCUAUCUAUAUAAAUUUUAUUUUUUCAAUACAUUCCAACUUGUUUUAAUUUCCUUUCUGACAUUUUUCGUUUGCUUCAUUCUUUUUCUUCUCUUUUUUCUUUUUAUAAUACUUUUUUCUUUAUUUUUUUCUUUUUUUUUCUUUCUUUUUCUUUCUUUCUUUCUUUCUUUCUUUAUUUCUUUCUUUUUUCUUUCUUUCUUUCUUUCUUUCUUUAUUUCUUUCUUUUUUCUUUCUUUCUUUCUUUCUUUCUUUAUUUCUGUCUUUCUUUCUUUCUGUCUUUCUUACACGGGUCCUUUUUCUAUCUAUAUAUUUAUCUAUUUUUUAUUCUUUCUUUCUUUCUUUCUUUAUUUCUGUCUUUCUGUCUUUCUUUCUUUAUUUCUGUCUUUCUUUCUUUAUUUAUUUAUUUCUUUCUUUCUUUCUUUAUUUCUGUCUGUCUUUCUUUCUUUCUUUCUUUCUUUAUUUCUGUCUUUCUUUCUUUAUUUAUUUAUUUAUUCCUGUCUUUCUUUCUUUCUUUCUUUCUUUCUUUAUUUCUGUCUUUCUUUCUUUCUUUCUUACACGGGUCCUUUUUCUAUCUAUCUAUUUAUCUAUUUUUUAUUCUUUCUUUCGUUCAUUCUUUCUUUCUUGUUUUUUAUUUAUUUUUCUUUCUUUUUUUUUUUUUUCUGUCACUUUUCCUUUCUUCUUUCCUUUUUUUUUUUUUUUUUUUUUUUAUAUCUCUUUCGCUUUAAUCUUUUCUUUUUUUCUUUCUUUUCUUUCUUUUCUUUUUUUUCUUUCUUUCUAGGGUUUUCCGUAUUUAUUUUUCUUUCUUUCUUUUCUUUUUUUCUGUCACUUUUCCUUUCUUCCAAACUCCUUUUUUUUCUUUUCUUUCUAUAUCUCUUUCGCUUUAAUCUUUCUUUCUUUUCUUUCUUUCUUUCUUUCUUUCUUUCUUUCUUUCGUUUUCCGUAUUUAUUUUUCUCUUCUUUUCUUUUUUCUGUCACUUUUCCUUUCUUCCAAACUCCUUUUUUCUUUUCUUUCUAUAUCUCUUUCGCUUUAAUCUUUCUUUUUUCUUUAUUUAUUUAUUUAUUUAUUUAUUUAUUUAUUUAUUUUUCUUUCUUUCUUUCUUUUCUUUCUUUCUUUCUUUCUUUCUUUCUUUCUUUUCUUUUCUUUCUUUCUUUCUUUCUUUCGUGUUCCGUAUUUAUUUUUCUCUUCUUUUCUUUUUUCUGUCACUUUUCCUUUCUUCCAAACUCCUUUUUUCUUUUCUUUCUAUAUCUCUUUCGCUUAAAUCUUUCUUUCCUUCUUUCUUACUUUUCCUUUCUUUCUUUUUAUUUGUUUGUUUGUUUGUUUGAUUCUUUCUUUCUUUCUUUCUUUCUUUCUUUCUUCUUCUUUAUUUUCUUUCUUUCUUUCUUUCUUUCUUUCUUUCUUUCUUUCUUUCUUUCUUUCUUUGAACAUUUUUUCUCUUUGUUUGUUUCUUUCCCUUUUCGUUCGUUUCUUUUUCAUUUCAGUUUUCUACUUUCGUAUCUUCCUUCAUUCCUUCCUUAUUUCUUUCUUUCACAUGCUAGUUUCUUUCUUGGUUCCCUUCAUUAUUUUUCUUCGAUUAAUUUUUCAUUUCAUCGUUCAGUUUUCUUCCUUUCUUUAGUUCAUCCUUUCUUUCUUUCAGCCUUUCUUUCUUUCUUUCAGCCUUUCUUUCUUUCAGCCUUUCUUUCAGCCUUUCGGCAUUUCCUCUCUUUUUUUAUUUCCUUUCUUUCAGCUUUUUCGUUCCUUUCUGUUCCGCUUUUGCCAUUCCAUUUUUCUUUUCAAUUUUUCUUCAUUUACUUAUUUCCGUUUUCCUUCUUUUGUUAUUUUUUUUCCAGUUUCUACUCUUCCAUCUUUAUUCAUUUUCUUUCCUUUUUUCUUUCAUUCUUUUUCUGUUUAUCAUGUUCGUAUCUUCUUUCAUUUCUUUCAUUCCUCCUUGUUCGUUAUUGUGUUUGUAUAUAUUUCACACUUCCGUCUUUUAUUUCUCUCACCCUUUUUUCUUUUCCUUCAUUAGUCAUUCAUUUUUUUUUACUCUCUUUCUGCUUCUUUCAUUCACUUUACUUCAUUUACUCUAUCACUUUUUCUUUCUUUCUUGUUUUAUUUCUUUUACAGUAG